CUGGAGCUGCGCAGCCCCCUCCUCGGCUCAGUCGGGGCAGGCUACGGAGGCCGACAGGCGGCGGCGAUGAUGAUGGAGUCGGUGCGCGCCCAGCGGCUGCAGCCCGGGGUGGGGACGCUGCGCUCCCUGCGCCCCGGGGUGACCGGGGCCCCCGCGGCGGCAGCCUCGGCCCCUCCGCCCCCCGCUCCUCCCCCGCUGCCGGCGGCGCCCCCGGCGCUGGUGCUGCCGCCGCCUCCUCCGGGGCUGCCGGGCCCGGGGGCCUCGCCGGGCGGAGCGGGGCCCCCGGCCGUGCUGCGCGAGGCGGUGGAGGCGGUGGUGCGCAGCUUCGCCAAGCACACGCAGGGCUACGGCCGAGUGAAUGUUGUGGAAGCUCUUCAGGAGUUCUGGCAGAUGAAGCAGUCACGUGGUGCUGAUCUGAAAAACGGAGCCCUGGUGGUGUACGAGAUGGUCCCUUCCAACAGCCCCCCUUAUGUCUGCUAUGUCACGUUGCCUGGGGGGAGCUGCUUUGGCAGCUUCCAGUUCUGUCCGACCAAGGCUGAAGCCAGGAGGAGCGCUGCGAAGAUUGCACUAAUGAAUUCUGUCUUUAACGAGCACCCCUCCCGGAGGAUCACUGAUGAGUUCAUUGAGAAGAGUGUCUCGGAAGCCUUGGCAUCUUUCAACGGUAAUCGAGAAGAAGCCGAUAACCCGAACACUGGAAUUGGUGCUUUCCGUUUCAUGCUGGAAUCCAACAAGGGAAAAUCAAUGUUAGAGUUUCAGGAGCUGAUGACCGUCUUCCAGCUGUUGCAUUGGAAUGGCAGCCUCAAAGCCAUGCGAGAGAGGCAGUGCUCACGGCAGGAGGUGCUGGCUCACUAUUCGCACCGUGCUCUGGAUGACGACAUAAGGAACCAGAUGGCCAUGGACUGGGUGAACAGGGAGCAGAGCACCCCAGGAGUCCUUUCCAGAGAGCUGUCCUCGACGGAGAGGGAGCUGGAUGAAGCCCGACUAGCUGGGAAAGAGCUGCGUUUCCACAAGGAGAAGAAAGACAUCCUGAUGCUGGCGGCUGGCCAGCUGGGGAGCAUGCACUCCUCCAACUGCUAGACUCUGCACGCAAACUGUUCAGCUUCUCCAUGCCUACUAACAAUUCCACAUUGAAGGGAUCUGUACCGUAUCACUUAGGGCACAUAGCUGCCUCUUUUUCCAGAGUCGUGGCCCAUUUGCACAUUUUUUUAAGAAGAUGUUUUUAAAAGUUUCUGUACAGAUUUUUACCCUUUAGUAUUAGCCUUUAGAUUACUUUUCAGUUUUCGAUCUGCUAAAGAAUUCCUUCGCUUUAAAAGUGCAUUUAAAAAAAAAAUGCAGCCUUUCAGUGUUAACACUACUCUAAAGACCUCCGUUCAACCUAGGUACUCUACGGAUGACCGUAUUCAGUGGAAAUGUAGCAUUUCCCCAGGGAGAUCUGGAUUUGAAGAGAUCCAGAUGGCAUGUUACGCAAAACUGCCUUUCCUUCUGCUUUUGCAGUCUGAGGGGUUUGGUCAAACCCCUCUUCUUUUUGAAAAGCACAGCACCUAGCAAUAUGUUCUGCUCCUUUGUACUAGAAUUCAUGCUCCAAUGGAGAACACCUCAAAGCACAUACAUGGAGUUUCAGAUCUGGGAUUUUGAUUUGCUCCAUUAUAGAAAUAUGGGGUCAGUCUGCAAAAUUGCCAUCUGCAUCUGAGAUCAGAUUGAAAACUCCACGAAGUGUUACAGGAUGGGAGGUUUAGAUCUGUUUUUAGCUUCGAUCUUUUCUCUCUUGUACAGAAAGAGAGUCAGCUGGCGACAUAUGUUCAAACUGCUUCCUUAAUACCAAAUUACAAGACUCUGGUGGUGUUUAAGGGAUUGGCUUUGGUAUUAAGGAAUUGGGUUCAGCUUUUUAAUUAUGUCUGUACUAGAGAGAGCUCCCAGCCCUAAGAACUCUGCAGUCCCCCUCUUGAAUCCCCUUUGAACUUUCAUGGGAUUUGCCCCUAGCCCCGCAGGAGUGGAUGAGCUUGGAAUGCCAUUCCCUAGGCUGACUAGUAGGUGGUGCUAUGAAGAUGCUCGACUUCUAGGAAAGUGUACUGUCCACUUCAUAAGUUACUUAGUCUCACCUAGGCUGGGGAUGCCAGAGUUCUGAGGCUAUCCUACCACUGUCUGGUGUCAUGCUAUUGCCUCCAUGCUAGCAACCUGGCUUUGGGUUGCUUUUGAACACAAUGUCGGACUAAACCUUUUUCAGGAAGACCUAAUAAACACUUGCCAGAUAUUUAGAACUGGCUAACGGAAACAUUGGGGGAACUGUUCCAGAUGUAGCACCAAAGGCCCCGUGUUUACUACCUUGUUGACCAGAACUGUAUUAACCUCUUGAAGCAGAACCUGGAUCCAGCUGGUCCCCAGCAGUGAAAGGUCAGAUCUGGAUCCAAACCUUAUGGUUCAGCCUCAACUACACUUGGUUUCUUUUGGCCAGCGUAGAGAGGUCUGAACCAAGUUAUAAACAGGGCUGCACCUAGUCUAUAGCACACUAACUUGUUUAUAAUAUGGGUCAGAUCCGUCUUGAGGAUGCCAAGAACAGUCUCCCUACAUGGUUUUCCUCCCCAAAAGGUUUAGAUUACCCAUGCAAAAUAGUAGGCUGCAGAGGGCUGCAUUUAAUCUCCACUUUGGAACUUGCUCUGUUUGUUAUAGUGUUGCUUGAACAAAAGAUUCCUGACAUGUAAAUUUAUAUCUGCACUAUUUUUUUAAACUGAUAGAGCCCCGCACUUAGUAUAAAUAUUAGCCCUGUAGUACAAGUAGCUUAAAAGCAUCCUUUCAAAUACCCAGAUGUGUCUGUCAUUCAGAUUUAUAGCAGAAAGGGGAAAAAAUGCCAGCUGCAGAAUAGCAGCACAAAAGGGAAAUCCAAUCGAGACAAAAACUGCAUUCCCAACUCCUCUCUAGGGUCUGCUUAUCCCAGGGAUUGACACUGAGCUUUCCUAACAGGCUAGGCACUCAGUUGUGAACCAUUUCUUAGUUACCUAACUGCCCUAAGAAAGUUGAAAGAAAUCUACUGGGGUUAAUCUAUUUUGCCCAAGUAGAACCCUCAUGGUCAGAAAUAGUUUGUGGAUGUCUAUGUCAUGGGCAGAAAAACUGCAGCUUUGUGGAGAUGGGGGCAGUUGCGAGCACUGUUUUACUCAAGUCAUAUUUACUGAAGAUGUAAUCAAAGCACAACCAUAGAACUGUUUGAUCGUUGGCUUCUACACAGUUGUUUGGGGGGAGGGAGGCAGGGGAAGGAAGGAGUUAACACCUUGGGCACCCCUUACUUCUUCUUGGCCCUCAAAUGAUUCCAGUCUGCUAAAUUCUCCUGUGCACACAGAUGCCACUUCAAUGCAAGCAGGUAUUCAUUGCUCUGGUUACAAACUGAAAACAUUUCACUGCUUGCACCAGGGAAAAAUAGGAAGUAAUUGCAGCCCAGCCCAUCCAAGUCCCUGGAUUUCUGAUCUUUGUGCAUCUGUGACACAUCUAAUGGGCAUUAGGGAGCCCAUAUUUCAUAUUUUGUUGUUUUGGGCCUUAGCCCAAACUUGCACUUUGAUCAAAGAUCCAGAUCCAUUUGGUUCUGCUGAGUUACAACUGAAUAUUAAUGCUCAAAAAGCAAAAUUGUAGCUUCUAAUAUUCUCAAUAGAAAGUCAUACUCUAGUGUUUCCCAUUUAUGGCAAUAACUGAUCUCUCAGAUCAUAACUACCAAACCUUUUUACCUUUUAUCUACUGACUUGUUGAUUUUGUAAGCCUGCUGUGCAAGGCAUUUAUUUGAAAGGAUGUGGGACUCUUUAAUCUCCUAUCCUGCUUAUGAGGGCUUGCUCGUGUCUGAUUUUUGUAAAGGAAAAGUUUACAGUAUUGGGCUCUCUCCAUUAAUAGCAAAGUCUGAAUCUAUUUUUGUGGUGACAUAAAUGGCACAGGAAUUGAUGGAGUAGGAAGCCAUGGUACAGAAAGUAUCUGUCAGCUAUGCCCACACUGUAAUGGGACUAGUUUUAAGCUUGCUCGUAGCUCAGUCAUCCAAGGCCGUUGUCAUUUUAGACUCUUCCUUUACAAAGUAGGGGGAAAACUGAUGUUUUGUAAAACAGCCACAUGGUACAUUUCCAGUACUGUUUGAUUUGCAACAUGUAGUGUGCAAUGCAAUAGAUUUGCUUGUAAUUCAGACGAGAUGUCAAUCACGACCUCUUGGCUUUUCCUCUAAUCAGCACUGAAGAGGUAGGAGGCCUCAGGUGGUGGGGAAGAAUGGGGUAACAGUUGAGCACUUUGUGCAGUGUUUCAUAUUCUCAGUUCACUAGUGUAGUUCAGGUUAAAUAGCCAGCUAGAGCACGACUCCUAGACAAUGCAGUCUAACAAAGCAAUGAUUUGCUGGUGCACAAAAUAAUCUUCCUCAUAACACUUUAAAGCCUUUUCAGUGUAUAAUCCAGAAGAGCUGAUGGGCUCUCUUGUGGGAUCUUGAGUCAAAGGCUGUCUUUUAAAAAAAACAAAAAAACAAAAAUGUUCUACCACUUUGGGAUCCUUGUGGAUCUCUUCUCACGUUGGCUCUUGGUGUCUCACUAAUUGAGACUAGUCUCUGAGGUCCCACUCUGAGAGCAGGAGCCUGCCACAGUUUUGGUAUCUCCACAGAGAUCACCUCUCAACUCCACUCCAUCUUUCUAAGGAAGCCUCUUGCGGAGGAUGUUUCAACUAGUGGCAUGUGGAUAUUGAAGUAAUGUUCUCACAAGAGGGAGAUCAAGAAGCAACUGCAUUAUUCUUAGGCCUUCUAAUGUUGUAUUCUAGUCCUAACAAGCCUAUGUCUGAUGGUUUUUAUAUGUAUAUAUAUUUUUAUAUGCCACCUUUUUACCUGACAGUAUUAAUGUUUAAUGCAUUUAUAAACUUGAUUUGUAAAUGGCA